GCCAAUAUGGCGCACUGAUUCCAUGGUUCUAAUGCGGUAGGGUUGGAUGAAACAGGAAAAAAAGGAAUCCAUUAUGGAAAGCAAGCCAUACCCUACACAACCAGAAGAUCCAUACAGUCAACAUGGUGGAGCAUAUUACCAACCAGACUACAGCCAGUUUGACCUGGUGCGAGCCACACAGUAUGGCAUCUUUGACAGAUGCACUGAACUGAUUGAGAAAGAAGGAGUAGAUGUGAAUACUUUAGACAAGGAGAAUGUUUCGGCAUUACAUUGGGCUGCAAUCAACAAUAGAAUAAGAAUUGCUGAGUACUUUGUCAAAAAGGGAGCUAUUGUUGAUAGGAAGGGUGGUAUUUUGGAUGCUACACCUCUUCAUUGGGCUGUUAGGCAAGGCCAUCUUGAGAUGGUUGUCUUUUUGAUGAAGCAUGGAGCUGAUCCAUCAUCACUUGACAUUGAAGGGUGUAGUUGUUUACAUGUAGCUGUACAGAACAGUCAGAUGGGAGUUGUGGCUUAUUUGAUUUCUAAAGGAAUGGAUGUUGAUUUGCUAGAUAGAAAUGGAAUGUCACCUUUGAUGUGGGCAUCUUAUAGAUGCUUUGGGUUAGAGCUGACAAGAAUGCUGUUGACAAUGAAUGCUUCAAUAGCACUAGCUGACAAAUUUCAUAAAAAUACAGCUUUACAUUGGGCAGUGACGUCUAAUAACCACAAUGUGAUAAGAACACUUCUUAAAGCUGGUGCCAGCAUGGAUGCUUUGAAUGCCGAGGGUCAGUCUCCGUACGACUUGGCAAAACAGAAGAAAAGCAAAUGGAUUGUGGUGCAAAUGGAUUUAAUGAGAAGAGAUAAAGGAGAAGGAAAGCCAGUAUUUUUGCAAUCUUUGACCAGAGACAAGGCUGUUCAACGCUAUGUUCAAAUAGGACUGCCCUUCUUCAUCAUUUUUUCAAUUGGUGCAAUUUUGGAGUAUUCAUCGGCAUGGUUCAUUUCUCUGCCGCUUUUAUCAGCUGUAGGAAUGAUAGGGUACUAUACAAUGCAUUGGUUCACAUUAAUCUAUUCUGCUGGUAACACAGUUGUAUUUGGCUGGACACUGGGCACCAAAGCUUAUCUUUACUACAACAUUUUAACGGUCUAUUUGUAUUAUGUUGAUAGCCCGUUCAUCUUAGCAUCAUUCUUUGUCAACACCGUUGGUUUGUAUUACUGUUUCUACAAGUCUUGGAAGGCAGAUCCGGGGUAUAUCAACACGACUACAUCUGAACAACGACAGGCUAUUAUAGAACUCGUGGAAAAGAAUUCGUUUGACUUUACAAAGUUUUGUUCGACUUGUCUAUUACGAAAACCUGUCCGAUCAAAACAUUGUUCCGUUUGUGAACGCUGUGUAGCAAAGUUUGAUCAUCACUGUCCCUGGGUAGAGAAUUGUGUUGGUGUUGGUAACCAUCUGUACUUUUUUGGGUACCUGUUUUUCCUGUUUGGUAUGAUUCUCUGGUACAUUUAUGGAGGAACCGUUUAUUUUGUUAAAGCUUGUGGUCCCUACCAGGAUGGAAUCUGGAAAGCCGUUACUCAAAGCACACGCUGUGCACCUUGGAUCACGUGGGGUUAUGCCAACGCCCUGUUUCAUGUGAUGUGGGUGGGCGCUUUGUUUUUCUGUCAAUGUUACCAGAUCUUCUGGUUGGCAAUGACGACGAAUGAACGCUUGAACAUGUCGAGGUAUGCUCACUUUAGCGACGACAAAGGAAUGCCCCAGAGUCCAUUCAGUCGUGGUCUUCUCGGAAAUAUUGCAGACUUUACAAACAUGAAUCUUUGCGGUCUGGUGCGACCUUUCCGAGUAGACUGGUACCGACAGUUCAGCAGUGAGGUGAAAAUAACCCAGAAGACUGUGUGAUACUACUGUAUUUAGAAUGGACAUAAGAAAAUUUUGCGAUCGCCUAGUCUAAAAAGGUGAUGACUUCCUUUGAGAGACAAUAUCGAAAAACGGCUACGAAAAUAAUUAUUUUGGACUCCAACCGGCGCAGUCCUUUACGAGGUGUAAUCAACCGGGUGACUAUUCCUGGAAAAGACUGGCUCUAGAAUCUGUCAGUUGAGAUUUUAGUCAGUUACCGCGACGAUUCUCCAUAGCGACGAACUGACAGCUGUCAAAAUUCGUGCUUAUUCCUGAUCGGUUGGGUUGGAAACAUAUGAGGCGUAUGGACGGUUGCACGGGUUGCAGUAGCUUUGAGCUGGCUUCUUAUCCAGAAAACGUCUCCUUUAGUUAAUAUGAGCAAAGUGAGACUCACUGAAGGUUUUUGAGACUUAAGCUUUUAGCAUUAGACUUGGUUUGAAGUAUUCAUCAAGGAGAGAGCUUUUCAAAUGUUAAUGGCGCCAUAGGUAUUUAGUCAAUAGUCGGUAAUCUUCACACGGGUGGCUCCAGUAAUUGGCGAGGUUUCCCAAGCAGUUCUUACAACAGUGGGGUCACAAAACACAUUAUCUUAAGUCGCAAAGCAAAAACUAAGAAAAAUUUUUGAGAAAACUGAUAAAAUCAGUUUCUUUCGUUUAUUUUGAAAUUCUGUUGGGUAAUCAAAACCUUUGCUGAUCAAAUUAGUUCGCUAAAGAUGGCUGCAUAGUAGCCUCCUCUUUUAUUUAUCUUGCAUUUUAUUCCGCGGAGAAGAUACCUUGCGCGAGAUUUUGGCCGCUUGAGUGCUCAGACUUGGUCAAUAAGGCAGAUUUAAGUAAACUGAAAAUGACUAUGUGCCUUUAUUUGAAGAAGUCGCUGUGAACAAAACGAACAAGGAAGUCUUAUAAACGGUGAAGUAAGUUUUAGGUACUCAUGUAUUUGUUUAUUUGUAACAUUAGUGUCAGUUGUAAAUAUUUACGUUAGGUUAACAAAGAAUUUAGCCAAGAAUAAUAAAGCAAUGCAGUACGUUGUUUACAAGCAUUCUCACAAAUUGAA